UCCACCGCAGCAGACACGCCGAGCUCCGCCGACCCUCGCGCUCCGUCUCCCCGGCGCUGCGCUUCGUUUCCCCGCCGUCACACACACACACACACACACACACGUGCGCCCGCGCGGGGCCGUUUACCUGUGAGCUGUGCGCACUGAGGCACGGCCCACACUGGGAGGGGUCGGACUCUCCCCGUGCCACCGGCAGAGCCAAAGCGAAAGACAGAGACAGAGAGAGAGAAACUUCCCACGGGUGCUGACUGCGAGCGGAGCUCCGCGCACGGCGGCGAGGGAACGAGGAGCCGCAACUUGGCUGAUUUGGACCGCGCGGCGGAGUCAACUGCGCUCGCAAGUUCCUCGGCUGAUCGCGGACGGAAUACCCCCCCCUGCCCCCCUCCAACGCAGGGCUGUUGUGGAUAUUUACGUCCACCUUUUGGUUCUCCUGUUUUCGAAGAAGAAUGGCGAGAGAUUACGCAGCGCGCUGUCCGGUGUGGAUCGCGUAUGUGGUGGCGGCGGCGGCGAUCCUCCUCGUGGCCAAAGGCGCCGGCGCUCAGAAGGUGCGAGUGGAGGAGGAGGUGGAGGCGUAUCCCACGGGGACGGUGGACCUCCGCUGCCAGUUCAUCGACGGGGGAGGCCGGACCAAGCUCACGCAGGUGUCUUGGAUAUGGGAACCCUCCGACGGCCAGAGGGACAACAUCGCCGUCUACCACCCGAUCUACGGACAGAGUUUCCCCAACCUGGGCUUCAAAGACCGCGUCGUCUUCCUGCACAACAGCCUGGAGAACCCGUCCAUCAGGAUUUCCGGCCUGAAGAUGUCCGACGCCGGCCGAUACACCUGCGAGUACGCCACCUACCCGUCUGGGAACGAACAAGGGACGACCACCCUCGUCAUGCUCGCCAAGCCUAAGAACUCGGCCAAGGCGGUGACGGUGCAGGCCGGCAACAGGUCGGCGGUGGUGGCCCAGUGCGAGGCGGCCGAGGGCAAACCGGCUGCGACCAUCAAGUGGCUGGCGGCGGUCGGCGGCAACCACACGACGAGCAGCGCCAACGGCCCGGACGGGACGGUGACGGUGCGCAGCGAGUACCGCCUGGUUCCCACGCCGGCGGACAACGGCAGGGACGUGACCUGCAUGGUGGACCAGAGGACGCAGGAGCGGCCGUGGGUCUACCACGUCACGCUCUCCGUCGAGUACCCGCCCUCCGUGUCUAUCGUGGGCUACGACAACAACUGGUACAUCGGCCGCUCGGACGCCGCGCUCCUCUGCCUGGCCACCGCCAACCCCGAGCCCACCAGCGUCACCUGGACCACGGCGUCCGGCCCGCUGCCCGACACGGUGGCGGUGGACGGCAACAAGCUGUCGGUGAGGAAGGUGGACGACGCCGUCAACACCACGUUCAUCUGCGAGGCCAAGAACAAGCACGGGGCCAGCAGGCAACAGAUCACCACCGUCGUCAUCGAAGCGCCGGAGGAUCCGCUCAGUGCCGGCGUGGUGGCGGGCGCCGUGAUCGGCUCGCUCCUGGCCCUGCUAUUGGUUGUCGCGCUCAUUGCCGUCCUCCUGGCCCGCAGCCGCCGGCAGCAGAGGCGCGGCUACCCCGGCGGCGGGGACUCCGUGGCAACGGGCAGCGGCGGCAACGGCGACGACUACGGCAACAAAGCUCGUUUGCUCUUCGGCGGCGCGGGCAACGGCGGCGGCAAGAACGGGACCGGGGCGAACAACAACGGGCCCAUAUACACGUACCGGGAAGGCUGCGACGCCACGGGCACUCUGACGGAGAAGGCCAACGACUUCCACCACCAUCAUCUGCACCACCCCUCGGCCGACAAGCCCCCCUCCGCCCACGACAUCCUCCUCAGCGGGGAGAUGGGCGAGGCCGAGAGGAGGAAGUUCGACCUGGACGACAGCAUGGAGGAGGAAGAGGAGCGGUACGACACGUUCGAGGGCGUCGUGGCCCCGGCCUAUCGCGUGCGCAGAGGCCAUGGCGGCGAAGAGGAGAUGGACGUGUACCUCGACGACGACGACGACGACAUGGAGUCUCAGAGAGACGGCUCUGUGAUUUCCCGGACUGCCAUUUACGUCUGAGGACGACGGAGAGGACAUAGAAACGAGUGAGGGCUGGGAAUCGGGACGGGAGAUGCGGUGGAGGAAGUGGAGGCCCCGCCCCCCUUUCGCCUCCGAACGAACCAACAUGGCCUCCGUCCGCUCAACUCCGACCCGCUUCGCAUUCAACCCGAUUCGAGAGGCGCCAUCAAUUAUAUCCUCCUGUAGAAUCUUUUUACAAAAACAGAGAGGAUUGUAAAGAGAAGUGAUUACAAAAGGAAACGGAUUCAGGGAGAAGUUGUCGCGAGGCUGACGAAAGGGAGACGUGUGGUAGCAGUGGCUCUGAACUGGGGAUGAAUGUGUGACUGUGUGUGACUGUGCCACGGAGACGGGGGGCUGUUUCUCUCAGUGUCAGACAAAUAUGAGAAAAAAAAAAGAAAAGUCACGCAGAGAGCAGAGAAAGAACCACGGCGACUGGCGACGCCGCUGCGCUCUCGUGUUCCCGUGUGCCGAGUGACUACACACACUUUGUAUUUGUACACAAGAAAACGUAAUCCGCAAAGCCGCUCGCAGCACCACCGCUAUUCCCCAAAUCGCCCGCCGUUCGAUAAACGCCUUCCUGUUUGCAAACGUCCUCCAGCAGCGGACGUCGGCCGCUCUGCUCCUCCUGAGAUCGCCUGCGACUUCGCCUGGACCGUUUCAGAACUCGGAGGGGACAAAAAGAGUCUCAACGGCAACAAUGACGGAGUUUUUCCGUUAGGCCCCAGCGGCGGCCGGGCGGUUUCCUUGCCCCGCCCCCCCCGUGGACACCGCCUGGUUUCCCGGCGGGUGCAGCUGAGAGCGAGCGAGGCGACAGACUUGCACGCAGCUGUGUGCUAAUGUGCGGCCGGCUGUGGUGUUAAUGGUGUGCGUCGUCUGUACGCGGUGUCGGCCGCCGCCGCCGCCGCCGCGUCGCUGUGGCACAACUGUUGUUAUCGUUGUCGGUGUAGAUGUGGUCGUUGUUGUUGUUCUUCUUCUUCUCCUUCUUCUUCUUGUGUAACAGUGUUGAUCUCGCGAAACGAAAAAGAUGCACGGGCGCCUUGGGGUUUCACACAGUUCCACAUUGGGUCGGUAAUGACUCAUUUAAUGGGUGAAAAAAAAAAAGAUGGUCUUUUUCUUUGUGUGCGACUCUUCAUUUCCCUUAUUUCCGUCUCUGUUUGUAUGUUUUCCCGAAGCCUCGUUCCCACACACAGCACAUUUCUAUCUCUUAUUCUGUUUUUUUUUUCUUUAUUUACAUAAUGGGCAGCUUAGAUGAGUGCCAUAAUGACUGUGUGCGGGGAGAAGGGGAUAACUCCUCUUUAUAUUCCUAUCUGGGUCGCUUUCAACCAGGCAAAAAUAUUCGGCGGCUUUGUCGGAGGCUGCUGCAUUUCAUUUAUUCAUUUCCCCAUGUCCCGCGGAACGUUCUUAGGGCUGCGUACCGGAUUAUUCCGUGUUCUGUGUUCUGAUUGGACAGAAGGACAUGGUCCAAGACACGUUUCAGGCGGGAAAACAAAACGUGAAAGCAGGCUAAAUGAAAUCCCAAACGCCCAAAUCUUUGUUUUCCUUGCGCGCCGCGAAGCUGCAGGUUAACGCGGCGGGUAAAAAUAGCGAGACAAUGCGGGGGCUUCUUUGCCUUUAAUGAGAUCUUUCACCAAACAUUAAACAUUGAGAUAACAGUGUAACGUUCAAGGGGAGGGCUCAUCCAAGAUGCACCGCUGCAUUUGGAAAGGUUGCAGCUUUUUAUUUUAAUGAUGUGGAGACUCUUUAAUUCAAUAAUUUUGUUAGUUUUUUUCGCAGGACAUAACUGAGACGUGGCUCUUAUGUUUAAUACACAUUUGCCUUAUUGGUUUCCAGGUUUUUUUCUACUCAUCUUCUUUUUUUUUCCAGCUCACCAAACUGGGCCGUUUUCUUUCAAAGAACUGUUGAAUUGUAUGACUUGAGAUGAACUGAGAACAUCCUCUGCUCUUCAGUGUUACCGCAUCGUGACCAUACGCGUAUUCCCUUAUUUACACCUGGCAUUAAAAUGCAUUUUCCUGUGACCCGACCGUAAUCGCAUAGAGCUCGACUAAAAUGAACGCCACAGGCGGAAAUGCGUUGAGGACGGACCGUCAUCCGAUCGGCCAAUCCACCUGAGGAGACGGCCAGCGACGCACCGUCACACAACGGACACGAGUAUAAAUGCAAUAUACAUAUUAAUACCAAGUUUAAAUGUAAUCGGGCUUAUGGAUGUCUUAAGCAGAAGUAUUUAUUGCAAGGAGCUAAAGCUUGAGGGGAUUUCUGGUCCGUUACACAGAUCAACAAGUGGUCAGUGCAUGGCGUCCCAAAAAGAAUCAUGUGUCGUCAUCUGACAAACAGAAUGGCCAUCUCCACGGUGACACAAUCUCUUUCUGAGUACCUUCUGUAUUUACCUUCGGCUUCGGCCGACCGCCGAGCGCCCCGGCCCGCCCGCGAUAAGACGACCUCGUCUUUACAGUCUCGCGGAGAAAUUCUUCAGUAUCAAUCAGCAUCCGGCCACCGGACGCAUUCUAACGCCAGGUGUAAUCCCAGUCUGUGUCGCUCUAGACAUGCGGUGUGAUUGUGCCGUGUGUGUGUUCAACUGUCGGUGGCUUGAGUCUGGUCCAAACUAAAACGUGUGUGGUAUUAAAGCUUUUGUAUAAUCUC